ACUUUUUUUUUUUUAAAUUAGUCUGGUGCCCUGAUAUUUUCCCCACCUAUUCGGCUAUUCCCCUCUCCCCCCAUGGCAGUCGCGCGUUCAUGCCCGCGCUCGAUUCUUCGUCUGUUCCGACGCCCUAACGUCGCUGCUUCUUCAGCUCGAAUGCAUCGCCUCUCCACUCCCUCGCGAUUUCUCCAUUCGUACAGGGCCCGUGCCCCAUCUCGCUGGGAGCCAUCGGCGCGUGCCCGACGAGACGCUCCCGUCAAUCCACCUUUCAAUUGUGUACCACGAUUUCCUCAUGGAUCUUGGAACAUGGAUGGUAGCAGCGGAGCAGAAGACGGGGAGUUGGGUAAACCAAACAAGCGCUGCUCCAUACCUUCUGCCGAGGCCCUUUUCACUGCCUCUAACGAUAUCAGGAAUUCCCUGGGCAAACUCUUUCCCAUUACCCGAGACAUGGAUAAGGAAGAGAAUUGGGGCAAAAUUGAGGAGUUCAUUGCUCCUUAUGGCGAUGGUUGUCUUGCCGAUGGUGAAGAUAGUAGGAGGAAACAAGAUCCAGGGGAGGUAACAGAUGGUGACAGAGAUGUGAAUGAGACAGCUGAGGAUUUUAUUGCUUAUUGUAGCGAUGAUGGUGGUUCUAGUGACGGCGAAGCGAGGGGGCAAAGUGCCAGCGACGUCAGUGAUAGUGAAGAAUAUUCGAGUUGGUUAGCAGAGAACACGUUUUGCUUCCCAGACGAUGGUGUUCCCGACUUGGCUCGACUGGACUUGAGUACCCACCGUGAUGGUGCCAUAUACAGGGGCAAAUAUCAUUGGAGAAAACAUUUUCGCAUUGCGGACCGUAAUGAGACUGGGCUUGACGCAAUUCCCAUCAAACAAUGCAUUCUGAAGGGUGAAACUUGCCUAGUGCACAGCCCAUCUAUCAUUUGGCAAAUUUUCUCAUUAAAGUUGGUCAAAACUCCCGUGGACGGUGGCUCGGUACAUUUAUAUGGAUACAUUGCGGCACGUGACGAUCUUGAUCCAUUACUUAAUUAUGUCGUCAAUAUUAGCAGGCAUGAUCCCAUCAUCGUGGAGCAGGGUUCCCUCAUCGAAAUUACUGGCCCUAAGCGAUCGAUCGAUUUGUCUAGUUCUGUUCUAAUUGAAUAUGACAUGAGGAUCAAGACAGGGGAUCGAGAAAAAGAUGACCUACAGCUAAUUGAUGGUGCAGCAAUCAUUAAUGAACUCGUCACAUCGGCUCAACCAUUCACAGUGCGCAUUCUUGGAAAGUAUGGCGCAGUUGACAUGAACCAACUGUGUAUGUUCCACGCCGUGGUUGCGGCUGUUGAAGUUGGAAUCUCAGAAGUGCAGAGUCGUUUCGAUUUGUGUAUCAGCUGUUUUACCAGUGGGUUUCGUGAUGAAAUUCGCCUUUUCAAUGGCGUGGUUGGUGAGUCACGUGGCUUCGGGAGUCACGUGAUUGCUGUUUUGAUGGACACUUGUUUGGAUUUGAAGUUCAAGGUAGGUUCAGGGUCUUGCUAUUCCUUUGAACAUUGUGUAUCCUUCAAAGCGAUGAUUCAUGGAUGUACAAGUGAAGAACUAAAUAUUGAGUUUGCGUCUGUCUCGGUGAAGGUGGUUUGGUCGAGUUUAUGAAUUGAUCGGGCCCAUUUUUUUGGGAACCCGACAGUUCUUUCAUCAGUCGACUUGUUGAUUUUCUGAAUUGACUGCUGCUGCUUUUGUUUAUAAGUGGAUUUUCUCAAUGUGUCCUUGUUACCGUGUCA